AAGAAGCUUGGCCAUCUAGCAGCAGAACUGCAAGUGAUUCAGAAGUAAGAAGGUGAAGGAAAUGGCUUCAUCAAUGAUCUCCUCUCCGGCUGUUACCACCGUUAACCGUGCCGGUGCCGGCAUGGUGGCUCCGUUCACUGGGCUGAAGUCCUUGGGUGGGUUCCCAACCAGGAAGACAAACAAUGACAUUACUUCGGUUGCAAACAACGGUGGAAGAGUGCAAUGCAUGCAGGUGUGGCCGACAGUUGGGAAGAAGAAGUUCGAGACUCUGUCUUACCUGCCAGACCUGACUCAGGAACAGCUUGCUAAGGAAGUAGACUACCUUCUUAGGAGCGGAUGGGUCCCUUGCUUGGAAUUCGAGUUAAAUGCAACGGACGCUUUCCCACAUCGUGCGAACAACAGGUCACCUGGAUACUAUGAUGGAAGGUACUGGACCAUGUGGAAGCUGCCUAUGUAUGGGUGCACUGAUUCUUCUCAGGUUUUGAAGGAGGUUCAAGAGGCCAGCACUGCCCACCCCGACGGCUUCGUCCGUAUCAUUGGUUUUGACAACGUUCGUCAAGUCCAGUGCAUCAGUUUCAUUGCCUACAAGCCACCAGGCUACUAAGUUUCCAUAAUUUGUAACCACCCCACUUUGUUGCUUUGUACUUAAACCAAAUUCCCAUUUCCUUUUCUCUUUUUGUUGUCCGGAGUAUCUUCUGUGGAAAGCUAGAGCUUAAUCCCUUGAUGUAUGGAGAUAUAUUUGAUAUAUUUAAUGAAUUGACAUCUCCUAACGGAUGCUCUUCAUACAAA